CUUUUCAACACUAAACGACAAAAGUGCCGGUAAUAGUCUAUACAACUUUUUCAAGCUUUGCAUUUACUUUGAAAUUUCCUUUAGAGCACAGUUAAUUCAAAAUUCUAGCAAAAUGUCGACCUGGACACCAUUGGAAUCCAACCCCGAGGUGCUGUCUAAGUACAUACAUAAAUUGGGCGUGUCGCCAUCCUGGUCGGUGACUGACGUCAUCGGAUUGGAGGAGGAGACUCUGGCUUGGAUUCCUCGUCCCGUGAAGGCUUUUAUUCUACUCUUUCCAAUCAGCGAAACCUACGAGAAACACCGUGCCGAAGAGCACGAGCGCGUUAAGCUGGCAGAUGAGCAGCACCCCGGCGAUCUUUUCUACAUGCGCCAGUUCACCCACAAUGCCUGCGGCACAGUGGCCCUCAUCCACAGCCUGGCCAACAACAAAGAUGUCGCUAUUGAAAGUGGAGUCUUGAAGAACUUCCUGGAGAAGACUGCCAGCCUGUCGCCGGAGGAGCGUGGACAGGCUUUGGAGCAGGAUAAGGACUUCACGGCCGAUCAUCAGGCCCUGGCUCAGGAGGGACAAACUAAUGCUGCCGACCAUGAGCACGUCAUCCAUCACUUUAUCUCAUUGGUUAACAAGGAGGGAACUCUAUACGAGCUCGAUGGUCGCAAAUCCUUCCCGAUUAAGCAUGGCCCGACUUCGGACGAGACUUUCGUUAAGGAUGCAGCCAAUGUGUGCAAGGAGUUCAUGGCUCGCGAUCCUUCCGAGGUGCGGUUCACUGUUUUGGCUUUGACUGCUGCCCAGGAUUAGACCGUUUUAUAAUCGACAAAACCACCACGAUCUCGGAUCAGCCACAUAAACAAUGUAUUUGAUACUAACUACCAGGCUGGAGAGGUGUUUGAAGCCCCACCUUUCGGCCGAACAAAAGAGAAACAGCCAACAGUUUACGCAUAUUUAUUUCGCUUUGAGCCAAAGCUACUUUAUUGUAUUGGGAACAUUUUAGUAUGUUAUAUUAAAAAGUAAUCUCAUGCUUGAUGCUGAGCUUUAUAAA